UCCGACAUCCAAGAAUGUGACGGGGGUAUAUGCAGAAAAUGCUUCAGAUCAGUUGAGUCUGUCAUUAAAACAGAUGAAAAAAACCAAGCUGCAAAACAAAAGAUCAGGGAAAGCAUAGAUUUUGUAUAUAGAACACAAAUUAUAUCCCUCCCCUCUCCCAGACGGACGUCUGUUACUAAGAGAAUGUUACGUCCUGAUCCGAACCCCCCUGACACGAGUGGUACUUGCAGUGGACCGGCAAACCCCCUCGCCAAAGUUUCGUUUGUUUCACCUGUGAAACUGUCCCCAUUCCGUGAAUUAACGAAGUACAGAAAAAUUGCACCACAAACUGAGAUCCUGAGCAAAGUCAGUGAAAAAGAACAAGACUUUGAACCUGUUCCAAAAACAAAGAGAGCCCUUUUCUCUGUCAAAGAGAACAAAUCUGACCAAUGUUCCCUUGAUGGGAGAGUAGAGGUUGUGGUGCACUAUCCAAGUGGGAGAAAAUCUGCGACUAUCAAAGAGGAUGCCCACCAACAGAUCUGCAAAGCUAUAGCAAGAGGUGGAAAUGCAGACAGUACCAUAGUUGACAUUUUGCGUAAACACAACCCAAUGGUAUUAGUGCAAGGCUCCCAGAAGAUUGUGCAAGAAGAAUGUAAAGCAGUUUCAAAAAGAGGUUCAGGAACACUACUCCAACAGAAAACCCAUGCAGAUUUUUUCAACUUCCGAUGGGAGAAUAUCUACCAACAACUGCAGAUGAUGUGUCCAGCACUUUUAUCUAUAAUAACAGCUACUGUGUCUGACAUUCCACCUGUUGUUGGAAGCAAACCAUUUCUUCAUGCUUUGCAAACUGUAGGCAUAGCACUUCAUGGAAGAAGUCAGGAGAUGGCUGUUAUGCAGUACAUAAAUGGUUUUCUUUUAUAUCAUGGUGGAUGCACACAGCGGGACAUAGAAAGACUAUCUCAUGUUGGGUUAACAGUACAUCCACUCACUAUAAAGAGAAAGCUACUUGACUGGCAGGAUGUGUUGGACAAAGAAAUUUUAAAGAUUCGGGAUUCUUGGGCUGAAGGAGGAAGUGUCAAAUAUCAAAUAAUUGGAGACAAUUGGGACAAGAACAUACUUCCAUCAUAUAGAACAUCGGAUCGGAAAACUAUUUCUCUUCAUCUGUUUCAUGUGUACGCCAUCGUGGAUAGAGUUAUCCCAACUGAACGUGGCUGUCAUGCUUCCGCACCACAUGACAUUGAAGUUGGAACCUUCAUUCCAUCCAUAGACGACCAAAAGAACUUGAUGAAAGAGCUAACAUUUAUUUUCUCUACAUCAGUCAUCGAAAAUCAUCCUGAAUUGCAGAAAAUAUAUGGAAAGAUCUACCCAAAGCAUUUGGAACAUAAAUAUUCUCACUGUGUUGGAAAUAAAACAAAACAAUACCCACUUGGACUUUUUGAUUGCAACGAGAAUAAAACACCUGAUUUGAUUCGGCUUUUGAAAACGUUAUCUGUUUAUGUCCCAUGCAAGGAUGGAGAAGUAGUGGAAUCUGUCUUUUUUGGAGGUGACAGGUUAACAGAUGAACGAGUGCAAGCAGCUCAGAAAGCUAUGGCUAAUGCUGAAACACCGCUGCAAAAAUUACAAGGCUUUGUGUCCAAAAUUGAGGACUUCCACAGACUCAUGAAUUUCUUAGAGGCUAUACACAAACUGACAUAUUCAACCAAGAGUGCUGUGGACCAAGGCACAGUAUAUUACUAUCGGAACCUCCUGAACAUGAGAAAUGUGAAAGGGCAAGUGUAUAAUGCCUACAGAGCAUACAAGAUGCUGUACUAUGUGAUCCUGGAUGCCAUCUGUUUGCUACUUUUCCUGAAUUUCUUUGACGUUCCAGACAUUGAACAUGCAAUUGAACUGCCAAGAAACUUUGCAGCUAUGUCAGAUGAAGAAAAAAUAGAGUACAUUGACUCUGUUAGUGAAAACCUUCUGAGGAAGUAUUUUUUUGACAGUACAGAUGACAUUUUUCAGAAUUUACGUAACAUUGUGUGUGACCCACAACACCCAGAAAACUAUUGGACAUCAACACUAGAGGAAGGAAGAUUUAAAUGUCAUCAUUGUGACAAAACAUAUGCACGUGUUCUCUCUUUACAAACCCAUGAAGAGAAGGUUCAUGACAUUCACAUUGCAAAGCCAUCAAAAAAACCGAAGAAUAAAACUCAAGACCAAAUGCACGAUUACCUUGUCAUGCUGUUUAAGCUUGUUAUUUUGCACAAGAAUUUAGACACUGCUGUUGAUAUGGGUGACGGUGAGAGGGCUGUAAAAUCAGCAAAAUAUGAACUUCCUGUCUACCAUCUGACAAACAAAGUAAAGUAUUCUAUUGGCUCGAUUCAUUUGAUAUCGUCAACAUCUGGCAUUCUCCCUGAUGACCAAAAGGAACGCCUAGUAGCCAACCGCUUCGUAAAUUUACAAGGUGGAAAAAACAACAAUGUGUCAACGGACGAAUACCUUGAAAUGUUAAAUAGGGACAGCAAGAUUGCUUGCUCUGGCCAUAAAACAAAAGAAAGCAUCCUUGCCCAUUCAAAGGAAUAUCCCCACUUAAUAAAUUUAGUUAGUCACUUUGAUGUCAUUACUGAAAUCCAUAGCAGAAAGGGCUUCCAUCACAUCCCUAGUUACAAGGAAGAUGUUUUAAAGGUCUUAAAAGAUUUACAAAAUACUAAUAUGCUUUCUAUUGUUCCAAAUCGAAAAUUCAAGUCUCAAGAUAUUUCAGUGGACAAAAACCCAUUUGACAAUGCAUUUGUUGGAUUAUCUACUAUGAUACAUAGACAUAAACCAAGCCAACCUUUUAUUCGCCUAAGAGAUCCACGGGUAUAA